AUCAUCGAUGAUGAAAUACCCAGGCGCCAGAGAAAGUCUCUAGGAGAAGCUUCCGAAAACCUAGGUAAUUCUUCAUCGUCGAAAAGGUAUGAUCGCCACGAGCGAAUACGUAAUUUAAAACCCUCUCGUGAUAAAAACAAAUUAAGUGACAGUCCAACACUCUUUGGAAUUGAUAUACCGUAUAAAAAGCAGGAGCUAAUGAAGUCGUGCGCUCCCAACGAUUCAUAUUCUUCAAAACGAUGGGAUUCGGGCUGCGACACUGCUGCUCUACAUUCAAACUCUGCUGACAAACUUGAAAGAGAGCCAUUACAGAAAUCUUUUAAACCACGCCUGUCUCUAUACGACGUAAGGAGUCGUCAGCGCAAAACAGUAAGGCAAAAAAUAUCGGGAUUUCUUAAAAAUUCAAACGCAACCCAUAAACGAUCGAAUAUCUUCAAAGACAAGCUGAAACCAAUUAAGAAUCAACCCCAAGAUAACCGAGAUAAUGAAAAAGCGCAUGUUGAGAUCCCCGUUAUUGAGAAAAAGGAAAGCUUUUCGGCUAUACCAUCUCUGGGUAUUAAACACCUAAGAUGUCCUAGCAAUACAGGAACAGGCAGUCACUAUCCGACAGUUUUUAGGGGAAUGGUCAGAAAUAUUAACCAAAACCAUCAGGAGUUAUCCGCGUAUACUCUUCAGGGCACAAUGCACUGCCCAACGUGUGAUCAGUGCGAUCUAAAGUUAUUCGAUCGUAUAUCCAGCGGAAAUUGUAGUCUAGACAAUUAUGGUAAGAAAUCUGAUCCCUACAAGGAGAGUAAUAUAAAUGUCUGUCUCGCCAUUCGGGGAACUGAUGUCAGUUUGGAAAGGGACCCCAGGAUCAUAGCAUCCAGCUAUGGGGCUAAUAAGGACUGGAUCGGUGUCGGAUCAGAAUCGAGCAGUCUUUCAAUAUCUAGACAAGCUAGUGGUUGCACUUUAUCCUCUGGCUGGACGGAAAACCACUAUAAAAAUGUAAGGUUUUCUCCAGCCAGACGUUCUCCAACGUCAAACGAUUUUCGAAAUGCAAAAUCUCGAGGAAUUAUAUUUUCCAGGACAACUCGAAUCAAUAGGCAAGGCAUUGAGGUGUGUUCCAGGGCUCCAAAUGUGAGUCAUAAUAUAUCCUCCGAGGCAGGAUGUACUUGCCCCCGCUGUCGUAUCCGUGCCAAAUGGAGCUUAACCCGGCAGUCCUGCUGUUCCCAAAAACCAAGCCCCAAUCAAGGAUGCAACCACACCUGGUCUCCGGAUAAAAUUGAGAGCAACAGAUGCAGACCCGCGAGACCCUUUCUUUGCUUGCCAAAUACUAUUGAAAUGAGCUCGAGGCCACCGACUGUGGUCCACUGCGAAUUACAUAAGAGAUCUAACCUCAGAGGAAAUAACUGCCUAGAAAAUAUGUUCAACAAAAGGGUUUGCUUGAAAACGACUAGCUCUAGCAGCGGUCUUUCUGGGAUAAGUUCUGGAAGCUGGUCAAUGUACAGUGAUAAAACUUCUUGCUGUUCUAGACAAAACAAUACAAUCAGAGAUAAAAGUUGUUGUUGUUCUAUGAAAAGAACCAAUAUUGGUGUAAAAAGUCCAUGUUGCAUAGCAAAAAGAGAAAUUCAAAAUAAUGACAAGAGCAACAAAUGCCAACGGAGCAUCGGCAAAUUGAGACCAAGAUCUUGCAGUUGGCCGAGAGAAAAUCCCAAAGGUUAUCAACCAAAACGUACUAGAUCGUAUUGCGCACCCAAAGCCUCAAAUCAAUGCUCUGACUCCAGAAAUGUAUCACAAAAUUCAAACUGUAGUGAGAUGGACAUGCAACUAGCUUGCUUGCCAAAUUCUACAUAUGACCCAAAUUCUACAUCACCCCCGCCAUGCUACUAUUCCUCAGAACCAUACUCCUCUACAGGAGGCUUGAUAUUGGAUUGGACCGAAGAGACUAAUGGCAACAAGAGUGUUGUGGAAGAACUAAAGCAGGAACUGCUGGAGUCCUUUAUGACGGAACACAAUAUCGAGCCGCAGUGUCCUUGUCAGCAUCCCACUCCGCACAUUAUGUUCUUUCCCUGCAUGCCAGAAAACCAUGCAUGCCAGCCAUCUCCCAAUAUGAAUAGCAAUCGAUUCUGUAUGCCUAAUUCUGUAUACUGCUGGACAGCUUGCUCUAACCCACCGGCUCAUUUUUGAGAUAUGCUUCCAAUUGGACCGUGUCUUGGAGACAGUCUUCAGCAUAGUUACAGUGAGUUGCCCAUGUGUAGAAUACAUUUUCUUGGAUUUAAUUUUACGUCCUUCCAGGACCCUAGGCCUACAUAUAAAUGCCAUAUUUUACAUUUACGGUAAUGUGAAAAAUUAUUGUAAAGCCAAAACCACAUAUUAAAUAAACCAGUAGAAACUA